UGGGAGGGCGGCGGACGGUUGUCCAACGGCAAUCCGGGGCCUCGGUCCGGCGGGCGGCGCAGGCCUCAAAUACCGAACUAAAGCGUGGCUUCGAGUAACAACGGCGUCCAAAGCGAGAAAGGUCCCGCGUCGCAAACUGGGGAACCCCCCUAACCGGGGGAGGGUCCCCUCUCCUGGGGUCCCCCGUCCUUGUCCCGGGGGCCCACCAGAGCCCGGAGCUCUCCCCCUGUGUCCCAAACUACUAACGAUGACAGAGCCUCUAACCCAGAUCAAUCUCCUGCAACCGAGUCGGCAUUGAUGCUCUUUACUGUUUCCAGUAUUUCUUCUUGUCAUGUGAUUCUGUUCUGGAAUAUUCCCUGCAAUGCUCUCUAGUACAGUUUUGGGAAUCAUGAAAUGACAGUUGUUGUUUGCUGUUCCACUGCAAGAGGAACAGUGGUGCAAUCUGAUUGGAUUUUGCACCAGGAAAAUGGCAGCAUCUGACCUCCAAUCGGUUGUGCACUUUGCCCUUCUCUCUAGAAUCCUGGCCAUCUUUUUCCAGAUGGUGUUUAAUUCUCUGAUUCCUGAUCACAGAGCAGAUGCAUUUCGUGUUCCCCAAUUAAACAGUCCAAGCACCGGUGAUGUGUUGCUGGAGUUUCUGUUUGGUGGUUUCUCCCGCUGGGAUGCACAACACUUCCUGUUUAUUGCAGAGUUUGGGUACAUCUACGAGCAGAACUUUGCUUUCCUACCCUUGUUUCCGGCAAGCAUAUGGGCAGUGGCAGAGAUACUCCUUGGACCCUUGGAACUGUGGCUUAGUUUCCACAGUCGGCUGUUGCUCGCCUCGAUGCUUCUGAACACCGUGAUCUUCGUCCUUUCUGCAGUCAUUCUCUACCAACUUGGUGUUGCAGUGCUUCAUGAUCACAGGCUGGCUUUGAUGUCCAGCCUCCUCUUCUGCCUAAAUCCUGCCAGUGUCUUCAUGUCAGCUGCCUAUUCCGAAAGCAUCUUCAUGCUGCUGACCCUCAGUGGAAUGCUGCACCAUGAGAAGGCACGGCCUCUGACCAGCUGCGUUCUGUUUGCCUUGUCCACAGCAGCCCGAUCCAAUGGGAUCGUCAAUGCAGGAUUUCUGUUUCACUCCCAGCUAAAGUACUGCAUUUUGUAUUUGAGACCCAAGUUGAAGUUUACAGGAAAAGACUGGCACAAGUUGUUCUUGUCUCUUGUCCUCAGAUCUGCACUGCUAGUAACUGCAGGAUCAGUGGUGAUUGUUCUGCCCUUUGCACUCUUUCAGUAUUAUGGAUACCUGACAUUUUGUAGAUCAGCAGUGAACCCAGUUUUGACUAUUCCUCAACAUCUGCUGCAGUUGGCCAGGGAGAAGGGCUACCUUGUCCCGGAUAAGGACAGUGUUGUGCCCAGCUGGUGCCAUCACCGAUACCCCAUUGUAUACUCCUAUGUUCAGGAUACCUACUGGAAUGUGGGCUUCAUGAGAUAUUAUCAGCUCCGACAGCUGCCCAAUUUCCUGCUGGCAUUCCCGAUGAUAGCUUUGGGUGUAUGGGCAGCCUGGGAGUAUGUACUUGCUGAUCCCUGGUAUUGCAUACACCUGGGCCUGGUCCACAGAAAGCUGAAGGGAGAGAAAGAAAGGGAUGGGAAACCACUGUCUGGCUUCCAUAGUCAUCGUGUGUUCGUCUAUGUUGUUCAUGCAACAGCAUUGCUGGCAUUUGGUGUCUGCUUCAUGCACAUCCAGGUUAUAACGAGGUUCUUGGCUUCCGCCUCUCCCAUCCUGUACUGGUUCUCAGCCUACCUGCUCCAGGAAACAGAGCCCAGACAUUUGGCGCAGGACUCUGCUACCUCAUCACAGACUUACAAGUUUACCAUCAUUCCCAGAAACCAUCUCACUGCUCUCCUGCAGGAUUGGAGGAGGUGCAGCCUGACUGCACGUUGUGUUCUUGGGUAUUUCUUACUGUACUGGUUCCUUGGACUUGCUCUACAUUGUAAUUUUCUCCCAUGGACCUGACCGAUAUCCUGCCAUAUAUCCCACCCACAUUGUGAUGGUAUUCUGUGAGAGCCAUGACCAUCAUUGAUGCUAUUGGCAGCAUAAUUGAAUUCCCUACCGGCAUUCUAGGGUUGUCCAUUGACCGGAGGCUUAAUUAGAUCAGCCGCAUAAAUACACUAGCUACAAGAGGUCAGAGACCAAGUACCUUGUGAUGUGGGGGUCACCUCCUGAUUCACUACUGACUUUCCAGCAACUACAAGGCACAUCAAGGGAGUGAAGAAAUCCUUUCCUUGUUUGGGUGAAUGCAGCCGCAAUAACCUUUCAGGUGAGAGGGGGUAAGUUCAAAGGAGGUGUGCGAGGCAAGUUUUUUUUUACACAGAGUGGUGAGUUUCUGGAAUGCGCUGCCAGGGCUGGUAGUGAAGGCAAAUACGAUAGGGGCUUUUAAGAGGCUCUUAGAUAGGUACAUGAAUAUGCAGGGAAUGGAGAGAGAUGGACAUUUUGUAGUCGGAAGGGAUUAGUUUCGUUAGGUGUUUAAUUAGUUCAGCAGAAGAUUGUGGGCUGAGGGGCCUGUUCCUGUGCUUUACUGUUCUAUGUUCUAACACUCAACGUCAAUGCUAUCUAGGACAAGGUAACCUACACAAUCAGUGCACAAGCCGCUCACCACCUCCAGCACUGGUGAAAUGUGGCCAUAGUAUGUAUUACCUGCAAAAUGCACUUUUUCAUUCUUUUGGGCGAUGGGGACAUUCCUAGCAAAAGGGGCAUUCAUUUCCCUUCCCUACUGCCCUUGAACUGAAGGCAGUUAAGAGUCAACCACACUGCAGUGGGUCUGGGCUCACACAAAGGCUACAUUGGUAGAUUUUCUUCCCUAAAAGAUAUCUGAACAGAUGGACCAAUUGCAGCACCUUGGCAAAUCUUCUUCAACAACACUUUCAAAACCCAAGGCCUUUACCAUAAGACCAUAGUACCAUUUGGAAGAACAAGUCCAAUGGGAUGAAUCACUCAAAUUCCUCUGAACCAUACCCUAUCCUGACUUGAAAGUAUAUCACAUUUCCCUCAUUAUCAUUAGAUCAAAGUUCUGGAACUCCCUUCCUAAUAGCACUAUGUGAGUACCUUCACCACUCUGACUGCAGAGGUUCCAGAUAUCUACAUGCCACCAUUUCACAGAAAUUGAGGAGUGCACUAAAAGUUGGCCUUGCCAGCAAUGCCCACUUUUAGUGAAUGAAUAAAUAUGUUGAAAAUUUCAGUUCAGGGAUAUGGCAGUGAGUAUUUGAUUUUAAUUUCUUUAAUUGGUUUUAUGGGCUUAAACAUGCCCCUUUUGUCAUGUAAAGUUACACAAUAACCUAAGAAACGGGAGCAGAAGGAGCUAUCUGCAGCUCGAACCUGACCUGCCAUUCAUCAAGAUCUAUUUUCCGGUGCUAACUGCGUAUCCCUUGAUUCCCUUAAUAUCCAGAAAUCUGUUGUUCUGUGCUUUGAAUGUUUAGUGACAGAACUUCUGCACCUUCUGGGCUAGAGAAUUCCAAUGGUUCACCACCCUCUGAGGUAUGACACUUCUUCAUUUCUGUCCUAAAUGGCAUAUUGUUUAUUCUCAAACUGUACUACUUGGUCCUAGACUCCUUAGGAGAAACAUCCAUCCUACACCUAACUCGUUAAGUCCCUUAACAAUUUUGUAAGUUUCAAUGAGAUCUCUCAUUCUUCUAAACUCUAAAGAAUAUAGUGCCAGUCUACUCGAUCUCUGCUCAUAUGGCAAACCAGUUGUCCCUGGAGCCCUCCAGUGAGUCUUUGCUGCUCUCCCUCUGUGGAGUGGACAUCUUUUAGGUAAAACUGUACACAGCUUCACCAAGGCUCUACAAUUGCGGUAAAAUUUCCCUACUCCUGUAAUCAAACUCUUAUUAUAAAGGCUAACAUACUGUUUGUCCUCCUAGUCGCCUGCUGCACCUGCAUGUCUGCCUUCAGUGAUUUGUGCACAAGUACACCCAAGUCCCUUUGAACCAAAACACCACUCAGACUCUAACCACUUGACAAAUACUCUACUUUUCUAUCAUUUUUUUUUCCAUAUUUUAACCUGCCAUGUUCUUGCCUGCUCUCUCAGCUCACCUAUAUCCCCAUGAAACCUCUUUACAUCCUCCUCGGUAUUCAUCUUGCCUGAUUUUAGAGUCGUCAGCAAACUUGGAAAUAUGAUAUUUGGUUCCUCAGUCAAAAGAUAUAGAUGGUGAAUAGCUGGGGCUUGAGCCCCAAUUCCUGAGGUACCCCACUCGUCACAGCUGUCAAGCUGAGACAGAUUGUUUAUUCCCCUCUUUGCCUUCUGUUUGAUAACCAAUUCUCCAUCCGUGUCAAUAUAUAAUACACCUGGAUCUAUGUGCUUUGACUCGUUGACGAACCGCCUGUGUGGGACUUUUUUUGAAAGCCUUCCAAAAAUCCAAAUAUACCACACCACCUCCUCCCACCUUCCCCCGC